AGGCCUACAUUUCCCAUGAAGCCUUUCGGCAGGAAGAGCGUAACCAGCCGUUGCCAACAACUUCAAACAGCCCUUUCGGAGCCUGUCAGCGGAGUGUCGCCUGGCUGUGCUACUAGUUCCUCUGGCCUGACAACUGGAAACAUGCUCUCCUUCGCUCUGAGACAACUCACACGGCCUCUGUGCCAGCGAGCCCCAGUUCGUCUCAGUGUUCGUGGCCAGCAGUCCCACGCCGCUUCCCGUACAGCAGAUGAAGAUCGUCCAUGGACGGGCCAGGAAAGCCUGGCUCAAGACGAUCCCGAGAUGUGGGAUCUGCUGCUAAAGGAGAAAGACCGGCAGUGCCGUGGCUUGGAGCUCAUUGCAUCAGAGAAUUUCUGCAGUCGAGCGGCUCUGGAAGCUCAGGGCUCCUGUCUGAACAACAAAUACUCUGAAGGCUACCCAGGGAGAAGGUACUAUGGAGGAGCAGAAGUGGUGGACCAAAUUGAGCUGCUGUGUCAGAAACGAGCCUUGGAGGCCUUCGACCUGGACCCAGCUCUGUGGGGUGUCAACGUGCAGCCAUACUCUGGCUCUCCCGCUAACUUUGCCGUCUACACCGCCGUGCUCAAACCCCAUGACCGCAUCAUGGGCCUAGACCUGCCCGACGGAGGACAUCUGACCCACGGAUACAUGUCCGACGUGAAGAGGAUCUCAGCAACCUCGAUCUAUUUUGAGUCCAUGCCUUACAAGCUAAAUACUGCAACAGGACUCAUAGACUACGACCAGCUGGAGAUGACGGCCAAGCUGUUCCGGCCCAAGCUCAUCAUCGCUGGCACCAGCGCCUAUGCCCGCCUCAUUGACUACGCCCGCAUCAAGAAGCUGUGUACCGACAUUAAGUCCUACCUGCUAGCUGACAUGGCCCAUAUCAGUGGCCUGGUGGCAGCCAAAGCCAUCCCAUCUCCCUUUGAAUAUGCUGACCUGGUUUCAUCUACCACACACAAAUCCCUCCGAGGAGCCAGGGCUGGCCUCAUCUUCUAUCGUAAGGGUGUUCGCUCAGUGGACAAGAAGGGGAAGGAGAUCAUGUACGACCUGGAGGACAGGGUCAACUUCUCUGUGUUCCCCUCCCUGCAGGGCGGACCUCAUAACCAUGCCAUCGCUGGUGUGGCUGUAGCACUCAGACAGGCACAGUCUCCUAUGUUCAAGGAGUAUAUUGCCCAGGUAAUAAGGAACUCCAAGUCUAUGGCUACAGCCCUUCUCAGCAAAGGCUACACCCUGGUAUCAGGCGGGACCGACAACCACCUGGUCCUGGUUGACCUGAGGCCUAAGGGCAUUGACGGAGCUCGGGCCGAGAGAGUGCUGGAGCUCGUGUCAAUCACUGCCAAUAAGAACACCUGCCCCGGGGACAAGAGCGCCCUGACUCCUGGUGGCCUGAGGCUAGGUGCUCCAGCCCUGACAUCCAGACAGUUCAAAGAAGCUGACUUUGUGCAAGUUGUCGAGUUCAUGGAUGAAGGCUUCAAAAUCGCCUUGGACGUCAAGAAAAAGACAGCAAAGCUCGUGGACUUCAAGAACUUCCUACUUGAGGACCCAGAGACUGUGGCUCGCAUCGCCAACCUGCGCCACCGCGUCGAAGCUUUUGCCAGGCCCUUUCCCAUGCCAGGCUUCCACGACCAUUAAACCAACCCAUAUAGAGUCUGUGGGGCCAUAACAGCCAGGUGGCAGAAAGCUGGCUGUGCAGAAGUGUACAAAGGGGGAGAAAAAUGUCAUGGCAGUGAAAUGUGGUUAGGGCCUGCAAAUCAGGAUGGCUCCCUUUUUCCCCAAUCAGAUCUGGGAAACCACAUUUUUUUUUAUACUUCUUUGCAGUAAUCCAUCAAUCCGUUCUUGUAAAAACUUGGCCUCCAUGGUGAGGUAAAAAAAAAAAAGAGAGAAUAAAAUUAAACAGAUUUUGUAGAGCCGAAGAACCUAUUUUCUAUUGUAUGUGUAAAGAUGUUUCUCAGUUGUUGUCACACCAUUUCUUUAAUGUGGGUGUGUGGGAUGAAAAUAUAACGUCUAAUCAAACAACCAACAGCUCUCGGUGUUGAACUCUGGGGCUUGAUUAGUGUAUAAUUAGUCAUUAUAAUAAGAUACACAGAGAGGUCUUAAUGCUGUAAAGAGUCUUAACUAAUGUCACUAAUGUAGAUUAUUAUUUUCACAGAGAAAUGUGUGCAUGAUGGCUUUCUUUUCUGUCUAUGAAACCAGGUACACAAACAGGCUUCAUGAGGUGAAUAGGUGUUCUGUGAGACAAAUUAAUUAAGCUGAAGACUGGAGAUUAACCCAAAAUGUGGUCAAAACAUAAUUAAUUAAAGUUAGGUAUCUAACCAAGUUGAGAUCUGUUCAAAUCAGAUUAUACAGGACGUGGGCUAAAUCAUUGUAACAUCUUUUUAAUAUACUAUUUAUAUAUGUAUGUGAAGCAACACUACAAGCUGAGUUCACUCACUGAAAUGUUUUUUUAAACAUAAUACAAAUUUCAAAAAGUACAAUUUAAUGGGACUUUAUUCGAUUGCAGUACAACAACAAAAAAGUGUCUUUCUGAGGAUUUGUCUUCUGUUUUGACUGGGAUGUGAUGGAAUCAUCUCUUUUUUUUUUUUUUUUUUCUCCAGCAUAUCAUUGAUGGCAGAUAUUAAUUGCUAUAUAUUUUGUUAUGACAGAUAACCAAAUGGAAUAAUAGCAGAAAUGUCAUUCUGGAUUAUUUCACUUUCCGUAAAGUGCGUUUACAAAGAGUGUAUACUUUUCUAUGUAUUAUUUAAAAAGAUUUCACCAUGUAACAUCCAUCAUUUCACAUAUAUCUUAAGGUUUCCGAUACCAGCCAAUUUGCUGUACUGCAGGAAAGACUAUUUAUAGUGCAUCCUGCCUGAUUUAAGUGUUGUUUCACCAUGUUGUUAAAGGAAACUAUGAAGCACAGGCAUUUUCAGUGUUUUGUUGUCUAUGUGACUCACAGAUUGGGACUGUCAUUAUCACUGCAUCAGUGAGGAAGCAAGAUUUCUAUUUGUGAAAUAAUCGUACAGCACAAUAGAGAAAACAGUGUUAGGAAUCGUGUGGUUACUUUCUUACUUUGCACGAAACACAGCUUCCAAAGUAAACCAAAUCAUGUGAAUUAUCCAUCAUCAUAAGCUUCCGACAGGCAAUAGCCUAGACUUUGCCAAAAUAUACCAUUACGUAUUUUACUAUGUCCAUAAAUCUGUUUGUCUGUAAUCAUCUCUAAUAUGUUGCCAGCCUCUGAUAUGUUGCCAGCCUUUGUACAUCUACAAAAGUUUUCCUUACAGAACAUGAACAUUUUUAUUAACAUUUAUUUACUAUUAGCUAAGUCAUAAUAAAAUCUAAUGAUGCAAAUGUA